AUGAAAACGGCCAAGCGAGAAGAUGGAGUCCUUGGAUCAAACGAAACAUCUACGAAAAUCAAGGACGAGUGUCAGAACGUGGACCGUAAAUCGAGUAAAAAAAUGCUGUUCAAGCUGGAGAAUCUGUUCUUAAACUUGACCAAACGUAGAUUGCCGGAACUGUCGAUUAUUUUCAUAUUCGGAGUUACAACGUGGUUUUUUCUUCUAUUAUACAACACGUACAUGCUAGUUUCAGCGGGAAUUUAUUUACUUCAACUCACUCCGCAGCAAGCUUUCACAAGAGUGUACUCGGACAAAAUUCCUCACGAUCAAAUCAUAAUUCACGCCUUUUGCAAUUUUGUUUGCAUCGUCCACCUCCUUCUCCAAGUUCUGAAAACCAAGAAUAUACGACCGAUCAUCGUCGGCAUAAUCGAAAGUGAGUUACAAUUUCCCGCCAAUUUCAACAGUACAUUUUGGAACAGUUUAUCAGCCCCGGUUCUGCUUUGCACGACACUGGCACUUGCUCCAAUUGUCAUCAACAGGCUCUCUCUGACCAAUACCCCGACGCCGCUAUGGAGGAAAAUUCAGGAGUUCAUGGUUUUCAUACCACUGUCCGUGGACUUGCAGUUCUAUGCGUUAGCGACUUCACUGCACCAGUUAUUUGUUUCACUCAACUCAAGGCUGGACAGCCUCAGAAAAAGGAUCCACGUGGACAGCAGUAAAAUUGUGGCUAUGAAGAUCGGGCGACUGGCAGACAACCAUUCUCUGGUUUGCGAUUACGUGGAGAAAGUGAGCAAGAUGUACGAGCUGCAGAUGGCCCUGGACGUGCUGCAGAUCGGGAUCUUCAUGGUCAUCAACCUGCAGCAGAUCUGCGACUCCUCCAUCCGGGUCCUGGACCCGGCGUGGGUGAACGUCCUCCACGGCGCUGCCUGGUCUCUCCACCUCCUCUCCAGGAUGUAUAUCGUCACGUCCGCCCCCGACGUCGCCGUCAACCACGGAACAAGAACUGGUGUUGUAUUAGCUCUGUAUGAUGAUUGCGGAGUUGGCAAAGUUGUGCAGGAGGAGGUAAAUCUAUUUUUGGAUAAAACAGAAAAUCGAAACAUAAGUUUCACUAUUUGUAGAGCAUUUGACUUAAAUAUGGGACUUUUUGCAAAGAUCAUCCUUUCGUGCAUUGGAUUCACAGUUGUCCUUUUACAAUUCAAGUUGGCUGUUGAAGUUAAUACGGAGUUAGAUUAAUUUUGUCAACGUUUGAAUUUUUGAAAAUUAUUUUCAGAAAAUGUGAAGCAGUAUAUUGUUAUUUGGUUGCCUUAUUCUCAGAACUAAGUAUGUACUAGAGUGUACUUUUUUGCUUAUGUUAAAAUGAGUGAUUUUGAUGACAUUGAAAAUACAUAUUUACAUCCUGAUAGAAA